UCACUACACUACUACUCGUUGCUACCACCACACACCCUCACUAUUGAAAUUGACAGUGUUAACACCUCCACCAUCAUCUCUCUCUUUACACAACAACACCAACAACAACAAAAGCAGAAGGGGAAAGAAAGAGGAGAAGUAAGAGGUGGGUGAGAGAAAACACUUGCAAAAUGGCCGAUCCAGACAAGUUAAGUAGAACAGACAACAAACAAGCUCCGGGAGAAAAACGCCAGAAACUACGGCUUGACUUCAGCCAUAUUAACAAUGGCCGAAAGUCAACACUGGGUGAUCUGGGGCACCGGACGCAAAUAGAACGUCUACGUUCUUAUGGAAUGACUUCUGCGGGUAAACUACAAAUAAACAGACAGAGUUAUCAAUUCACAGCCGAAGAUCUUAAAGAUCUCGGAUUAAUUGGUCAAGGUAACUAUGGUACAGUCAAUAAAAUGGUACACAGAGAAAGUGAAACAGUAAUGGCUGUGAAAAGAAUCAGAUCAACAGUGGAUGAGAAAGAUCAAAAACAACUUUUGAUGGACCUAGAUGUUGUGAUGAGGAGUAACGAUUGUCCAUAUAUUGUCCAAUUUUAUGGUGCUCUUUUUAAAGAGCAGGGGGAUUGCUGGAUUUGUAUGGAAGUAAUGGACAUAUCUUUAGAUAAAUUUUAUAAAUUCAUAUAUUCAGUUAUGAUAAGUACUAUGCCUGAAGAAAUAUUAGGCAAAAUUGCUGUAGCAACGCUUAAAGCAUUGAAUUAUUUAAAAGAGAAGCUAAAGAUUAUCCACAGAGAUGUGAAACCUUCAAAUAUUCUGCUGGACAGAAAAGGUAACAUCAAACUCUGUGAUUUUGGAAUUAGUGGUCAGUUAGUGGAUUCUAUUGCCAAAAGUCGUGAUGCUGGCUGCCGGCCUUAUAUGGCACCUGAACGAAUUGACCCUCGAGCGUCCAGUCGAGGUUAUGAUGUAAGAUCUGAUGUCUGGAGUCUUGGAAUAACUCUUAUGGAACUAUCUACCGGUCGUUUUCCUUACCCCAAGUGGGACAGUGUUUUUGACCAGCUCACCCAAGUUGUGCAAGGACCUCCUCCCAGUUUGCGAACAUAUGAUUCAAGAUUUUCUGAUGAGUUCAAAAGUUUCUUAUAUACAUGCUUGAUAAAAGAUGAGAAAAGAAGACCAAAAUAUGGAAAAUUAUUGGAUCAUCCUUUUAUCCGUCGUUAUGAAGAGGAAGAAGUGGAUGUAGCUGGCUAUGUAUGCAACGUAAUUGAUCAAUAUUAUGAAACACAGGGACUGUCUUCAACCUCUUAACAAUCAGCCAAUUGCUAAAACAAAAUCAUGGUUUUUGCAUUUAUUUUAUCCACUUUCUUUUCCUCUUGGAACCAAAGCAGACUUAGAACUUCAAAGGAAAUUCUGUUAACAAUGCAAAGAAUGAAGAAGAAAAGGGGAUAAAUAAAUAAAUAAAUAAAUGAAAUUGAUUUCACACGAGAAAAAUAUAUAUGUAUAUCUGUAUGUAGGUGUUUAUAUAUAUAUAUAUUCACACACACAUAUAUGUAUAAUAUAUAUAUUAUAUAUAUAUAUAUAUGUAUUAUAUAUAUAUAUAUAUAUAUAUAUAUAUAUAUAUAUAUAUGCAUUAUAUAUGUGUGUGUGUGUAUAUGUAUAUAUGUGUGUGAAUGUAUAUGUAUAUACAUUAUAUAUAUAUAUAUACAUUAUAUGUAUAUAUAUAUGUGUGUGUAUAUAUAUUUAUAUAUAUGUAUAUAUAUAACACAUACACAUUGUAUUUACAUUUGUGCACUCGUGCUUAUGUGCAUAUAUUGCAUGUGCAGACAUGCAUAUAGAUUUAAAACAACAAACUGAAAUGGAGAAGUAAAAAACAUUUUAGUUUUGGGGAAAGAUCAUUCCUGAUCCCUUCUCCAGAUACAUUUGAUGGGAUCUUGAAUCAUCGAAAUAGCACACAGAAACUCACACGCAAAUGUAUUGAUAUCUGUGAGAAAUUUGGAUCAUCGAGUAAAAACAAUUUGACUGUUGGAAUAUCCAGAUUUUAACACUGGUUUUUACAGUUUGGAUAUUUCAGAUUUAACAAACAAAAUUUAUUAAAAAAAAAAAAGAAAGUAACUUGUGGCCAAAAUUGUGAAUAAAUGAAAACUGACAUUUCAACUUGAAA